AUGCAAAGCUACAAUGAUAGGUCAGGAGGAUGCAAAGCUACCAAUGAUAGGUCAGGAGGAUGCAAAGCUACAAUGAUAGGUCAGGAGGAUGCAAAGCUACCAAUGAUAGGUCAGGAGGAUGCAAAGCUACUAAUGAUAGGUCAGGAGGAUGCAAAGCUACUAAUGAUAGGUCAGGAGGAUGCAAAGCUACCAAUGAUAGGCCUGGAUGAUGCAAAGCUACCAAUGAUAGGCCUGGAUGAUGCAAAUCUACCAAUGAUAGGUCAGGAGGAUGCAAAGCUACCAAUGAUAGGCCAUGAUGAUGCAAAGCUACCAAUGAUAGGUCAGAAGGAUGCAAAGCUACUAAUGAUAGGUCAGAAGGAUGCAAAAAUACCAAUGAUAGGUCAGAAGGAUGCAAAGCUACUCAUAAUAGGCCAGGAGGAUGCAAAGAUACCAAUGAUAGGCAAAGAUGAUGCAAAGCUACCAAUGAUAGAUCAGGAGGAUGCAAAGCUACCAAUGAGAGGCCUGGAUGAUGCAAAGCUACCAAUGAUAGGUCAGAAGGAUGCAAAGCUACCAAUGAUAGGCAAAGAUGAUGCAAAGCUACCAAUGAUAGGUCAGGAGGAUGCAAAGCUACCAAUGAGAGGCCUGGAUGAUGCAAAGCUACCAAUGAUAGCUGAUGCAAAGCUACCAAUGAUAGGUCAGGAGGAUGCAAAGCUACCAAUGAUAGGCCAUGAUGAUGCAAAGAUACCAAUGAUAGGUCAGGAGGAUGCAAAGCUACCAAUUAUAGGCCUGGAUGAUGCAAAGCUAUUGGUGAUAGGUCAGGAGAAUGCAAAGCAACCAAUGAUAUGUCAGGAGGAUGCAAAGCUACCAAUGAUAGGUCAGGAGGAUACAAAGCUACCAAUGAUAUGCCAGGAGGAUGCAAAGCUACUAAUGAUAGGUCAGAAGAAUGCAAAAAUACCAAUGAUAGGUCAGAAGGAUGCAAAGCUACUAAUGAUAGGCCAAGAUGAUGCAAAGCUACCAAUGAUAGGUCAGGAGGAUACAAAGCUACCAAUGAUAGGCCUGGAGGAUGCAAAGCUACCGAUUAUAGGUCAGGAGGAUGCAAAGCUACAAUGA